GUCCAGGUACUAUCCCUCUGCCUGUCCAGGCACUAUCCCUCUGCCUGUCCAUGUACUAUCCCCCUGCCUGUCCAGGUACUAUCCCUCCGCCAGUCCAGGUACUAUCCCUCCGCCAGUCCAGGUACUAUCCCUCCGCCAGUCCAGGUAAUAUCCCUCCACCAGUCCAGGUACUAUCCCCCUGCCUGUCCAGGUACUAUCCCUCCACCUGUCCAGGUACUAUCCCUCCACCAGUCCAGGUACUAUCCCUCCACCAGUCCAGGUACUAUCCCCCUGCCUGUCCAGGUACUAUCCCUCCACCUGUCCAGGUACUAUCCCUCCACCAGUCCAGGUACUAUCCAGUCCAGGUACUACCCCUCCACCAGUCCAGGUACUAUCCCUCUGCCUGUCCAGGUACUAUCCCCCUGCCUGUCCAGGUACUAUCCCUCCACCUGUCCAGGUACUAUCCCUCCACCUGUCCAGGUACUAUCCCUCCACCUGUCCAGGUACUAUCCCUCCACCAGUCCAGGUACUAUCCCUCCACCAGUCCAGGUACUAUCCCUCCACCUGUCCAGGUACUAUCCCUCCACCAGUCCAGGUACUAUCCCUCCACCAGUCCAGGUACUAUCCCUCCACCAGUCCAGGUACUAUCCCUCCACCAGUCCAGGUACUAUCCCUCCACCAGUCCAGGUACUAUCCCUCCACCAGUCCAGGUACUAUCCCUCCACCAGUCCAGGUACUAUCCCUCCACCAGUCCAGGUACUAUCCCUCCACCAGUCCAGAUACUAUCCCUCCACCAGUCCAGGUACUAUCCCCCUGCCUGUCCAGGUACUAUCCCUCCACCUGUCCAGGUACUAUCCCCCUGCCUGUCCAGGUACUAUCCCCCUGCCUGUCCAGGUACUAUCCCUCUGCCUGUCCAGGUACUAUCCCUCUGCCUGUCCAGGUACUAUCCCUCCACCAGUCCAGGUACUAUCCCUCCACCAGUCCAGAUACUAUCCCUCCACCAGUCCAGGUACUAUCCCCCUGCCUGUCCAGGUACUAUCCCUCCACCUGUCCAGGUACUAUCCCUCCACCAGUCCAGAUACUAUCCCUCCACCAGUCCAGGUACUAUCCCUCCACCAGUCCAGGUACUAUCCCUCUGCCUGUCCACGUACUAUCCCUCCGCCUGUCCAGGUACUAUCCCUCCACCUGUCCAGGUACUAUCCCCCUGACUGUCCAGGUACUAUCCCCCUGCCUGUCCAGGUACUAUCCCUCCACCAGUCCAGGUACUAUCCCCCUGCCAGUCCAGGUACUAUCCCUCCACCAGUCCAGGUACUAUCCUUCCGCCUGUCCAGGUACUAUCCCUCUGCCUGUCCACGUACUAUCCCUCUGCCUGUCCAGGUACUAUCCCCCUGCCUGUCCAGGUACUAUCCCUCUGCCUGUCCAGGUACUAUCCCUCCACCAGUCCAGGUACUAUCCCUCUGCCUGUCCAGGUACUAUCCCUCUGCCUGUCCAGGUACUAUCCCUCUGCCUGUCCAGGUACUAUCCCUCUGCCUGUCCAGGUACUAUCCCU